AUGCGCCUACCGCCUUAUUUCUUUCUCAGCUUCUUUAUUUCCAGCCUUCCUCUCACCAUCGCACACCCCGAACCUCGACCAGACCCUGAUCCAGACCCUCUUCCCCAGUUCACAAAUAAUGCGCCUUUCUCCGGCGCAAUCUAUAUUGUCAAUACUGACGGCCAACCCAUCACCUAUACCUCCGGGGUAGACCAGAACCUCUGCCCAGCGCAAGCCCCAGUAAGCUGUGGCACGAUCAAUCAACCCAGCUGGUGCUGCCCCAACUCGUACACUUGCGCCGUCCCCGCUUCCUCCAACGGCCUCAUAGGCUGCUGCCCCUCUGGCUCUUCGUGCGCGGGCCCUUUAAACCAAGCCAGCGUCUCCACCGUGACUGUCUACGCCUACCCGCAACCCCAACGACCGACCAUUACCGCCCUCGUAGUGCAGGAGCCACAGCAGCCCUAUCAGCAGGGGUUCUGCAGCACCUUGACGGCGAAGGGACCGGGCUUGCCGACGACGAGGCAAGGUGACUGUGGCGUUAUCCUUGUUGUGAGUGAGGGGGUGGUUAGUUGGCGACUGUUGAGUUAUAUGGGUUUGAGCAUUGUGCUGGGGUUGCAGGUUGCUUUGGGAAGGAUGUUCCAGUGGUUCUGAUAUGGGUUUGGGUUAUGUGAUGAGUGUUCGGCGUUUGGAAGGGGUUGGUAUUUGAGAGAUGGAUUCGUAUGACCGAGGAAAUAAUGAGUUAUACGGCAUU